AGUCUUCGACGGUCGCACGUCGUCCAAUCCGACACGCUUUUCUAGCCAUUGCACGUUUCCUACUGUGUUAAUCCUAAACAAUGCGAGGAUCCAUUGUCUCUUAAACGAAUAUUUUGCAUAAAUUUUUCAUAUCGCACCUUCGCAAAUACCAUGUACAUAGCCGAGUGAUUUUUCGAAUGUGACUGAACCGAUACUGUGUCAGUGAAUCUUAAAAUGACAAUUCAAAGGAUUCGGUUGACAAAUAUGGAUUUUCUAUCGUGGAUUCUAUGCGCGUCCAACGAGUCGAUGUAAUGUAUCGAAUAAGAGUGGGAUUCGUGUGAAAACCAUACGAUGUCGAUGACCAUCGAAGAUGAAGAAGAGGCCUUAGCAUGAGCCACACUGCUACAUUCAGAAUACUGAUACUGAUCCUGAUCCUCGGUGAUCUCGAAUCGGUCACAGUGGUGAACCAUCAUCCGGACGAGGAAUAUGUUCUGGAGCACGAGGUCCUCUACGAGGAGGCUAUUACAGAGGCGAAAAAGCUGCAGCUCUAUCCUGGACCUAUCCCAGGAUGCAAGCCCUGCACUAGUUCAGAGAUGACCUAUUGUAAGGAUGAAAGCGUGAUAAAUGAUCAUUGCUGUUGCGAUGGCAGCUUCAACGAGGUAUUCCCCUUCGUGAAGCACACUUGUCGCGUGGGGCCAGAAGAAUGCAAAGUGCAGGCUGGAGACUGUGCUGAAUAUACGAGGUUACGGGAAUGUUGUUGUCAUUCCUACUUAGCUUCUGUAUGGAAAUAUUUAGCGAACGACGCAGGAUCACCAAUGAACACAAACUUCGUAAAGUUCCUGGCGAUAUUAACGGUGCUCAGGUUGCUCUUAUAGCCAACAGUACACAUUUAAUACCAAAUAUUUUGUAUAAGACGAAUUAUUUUAAUAAAUUAUUUUUCCACUAUGCUAGAAAUUUGACGGCCAACGAAUGUUUGUAACA